CUCCUUGGAGGAGAGAACUGGAGGCCAGGAUGGCACAAAAGCCUCUCAGAGAUUCAAAAUGGCCCAAAAACCUCUCAGUGUGGAAAGGAAAAUCCAAAGUACCUUACAAAAGUUGAGUAUCUCAAAGCAUUAAUGAGCCCCACUGAGUGUCAGUACAAAGCUCUCAAGGGACUCGUUAAAGCAGAUAAUUGGGGCCAUGAUUGCACAAACCUCUCACAGAGUCUGUAUCCAAUGGGAAACACCAAGUCCCUUAAAAGAACUGAAGUACCUUGAAGCAUUAAUGAGCCCCACUGAGUGUUGUUCCUGACAAAGCCUCUCCAGGGACUAAUUACAGCAGAUAAUUGGAGGCCAUGAUUGCAGAAAGCUCUCAGGGACUCCAAGGCAAAAGCCAAAGCCAAAGUCCUUUGAAAAACCUGCAGUGCCUGGGAGCAUUGUGGAGCCCCCAGGGCCAUUGCUGAGCAAGGCUCCCCAGGGACUCCUUCCAGCAGAUCCUUGAGGCCACUGGGAUGUGGGCUAGGGGGGGAUGCUGAGGGCAGGACAAGGGGCUGACAGUGCCCAGCCUGGCUGGGGCUGUGCCAGGAGGCCCCAGGGCCUCAGGACAAGGUGUCUCCUGACAGCCCUUGGUGGCACAGACCCUGCUGUGCCCCAGGCCACCAAGACUGGGCUUCUCUUUGUCCCCACCUGUCAUCAGUGCCUCCAGUUCUCUGCUCUGCCUGGGGCCUGGGGACACUUUCUCAUUCGUGUCCCUCACUGGGACCCAUUAAAAGUCAAAGAAACUUUGGAGUUGGAUUCUGACUUGGAGUUCUGGAGAGGUUUCUGCAGCUCCCUCUCAGGGCCUGAUGUUCAGGGCCUGAGCACAAAGCCCCAGAGGCUCAUUCAAGUCCUUGUGCUGUGUCUGUGCUGCUGAGCUGGGCCGGGCUCCUGGCACAGAGGGUGAUGCUGGUAAGCAAGCAGAGCUUCAAAAGCACAUUUCUCUGGAUGAGCAGCUCUUCUCCCAGCCCAGUAGGGCUGGGGCACUGCCUGCAGCCAGCGCGGGCACAGCCCAGAGGCACAGAGAGCUUCAAUCAGUCAGGGCUGGGAAGGUGCUGAGAAGUGCCUGGGGCAGAAUCACUGCCAGCCCUUGGCACAGGAACCUCUGGCUGCAGGACAAUGCAGCUGCAGCUCCUGCAGUGAUCUCCUCAAGCUGGAACAUCCCAAUGCCCACAGCCCCUGUGAGUACAUUCUCUGAUGGUCUCUUGUGCAGAGCAGCCAGGGGUGCCCAGGGCUGUCCUGCAGAGCAGGGUCCUGCAGCCCAGGGCGCUGUGCUGGGCCAGGGACUCUGCUGCCUGCCAGGGACAGCUCUCAGCCGGCCCGGGGAGCUGCUGCCAGCGCUGGCCAGAAGCUGUGGGGGGAAGGAGCCACCCUGAGCAGGGCAGGUGCUGCUACUGAGAGCUGCUGGCUGGGGCAGGGCUGCUCCCAGCUCCAGACCAGCCUGGGCACAGCUCCGGAGGACACUUCCCAAAGAAGGUAAGCCUGGGAUUGCUGUAAAGAUCAGCAGAUUUCCUGAGACUGUUUUCAAUUUCCUGCUUGGAAUAGGAUGAGACAAAAAGAUUUUUGCUUUUUAUACAAUUUUCAUGUAUUCUUAGCUCUGUAGACUACUAUUAUAUUGUUAUAAAAUUAUAAUCCUUACUUAACUCUAUUAAACUCUUAAUUAGCUCCAUUAAACUAUGAUUAUAUACUUAUUUAACUCUAAUCCUUAAUUAACUCUAGUACAUUUCCUAACCUUUCUCUUAGAUUUCAGAACAAUAAGCAGACUGUCUAAAUACAUUUUUAAAAUACUAUAUAGUCUUAUUAUCAGGAAGAGGACCUACAAGAAGAACAUUUUGGUUUUUGAGCAGAAUGUGAGCAGUCAUAACAAGAAGUGGGGCAAAGAAGCUCUUGGACCUUCUCCAAUGGGUUGAGUUAGGGGUGUGUAACUAGUACAACUGAUUCUCCUAUUCUAUGUUCCUGUUAAAUAUCCUCAUUAAUCAACCUUUAGAAAUUGUUGAAAUCAGGAGCCGAUUGAGCCUCAUCCCCUCUGCGACACCUGGAAGCUUCCAAUAAAGGUGCCCAUGUGCAGCCACAGCCAAUGUCCAACAGCAGCUCCAUCAGCCACUUCCUCCUGCUGGCACUGGCAGAGACGCGGCAGCUGCAGCUCCUGCACUUCUGCCUCUUGCUGGGCAUCUCCCUGGCUGCCCUCCUGGGCAACGGCCUCAUCAUCAGCGCCGUAGCCUGCGGCCACCACCUGCACACGCCCAUGUUCUUCUUCCUGCUCAACCUGGCCCUCAGCGACCUGGGCUCCAUCUGCACCACUGUCCCCAAAGCCAUGCACAAUUCCCUCUGGGACACCAGCACCAUCUCCUAUACAGGAUGUGCUGCACAGGUUUUUCUGAUUAUCUUCUUCCUUGGAUCAGAGUUUUCCCUCCUGACCAUCAUGUGCUACGACCGCUACGUGUCCAUCUGCAAACCCCUGCACUACGGGACCCUCCUGGGCAGCAGAGCUUGUGCCCACAUGGCAGCAGCUGCCUGGGCCAGUGCCUUUCUCAAUGCUCUGCUGCUCACGGCCAAUACAUUUUGCCUCCCCCUGUGCCAUGGCAAUGCCCUGGGCCAGUUCUUCUGUGAUAUCCCCCAGAUCCUCAAGCUCUCCUGCUCCAAAUCCUAUCUCAGGGAAUUUGGGCUCAUUGCUGUAAGUGCCUGUUUGGCACUUGGUUGUUUUGUGUUCAUUGUUUUCUCCUAUGUGCAGAUCUUCAGGGCUGUGCUGAGGAUCCCCUCAGAGCAGGGACGGCACAAAGCCUUUUCCACCUGCCUCCCUCACCUGGGUGUUGUCUCCCUGUUCCUCAGCACUGCAGCGUUUGCCUACCUGAAGCCCCCCUCCAUGUCCUCCCCAUCCCUGGAUCUGGCCCUGUCAGUUCUGUACUCGGUGGUGCCUCCAGCCCUGAACCCCCUCAUCUACAGCCUGAGGAACCAGGAGCUCAAGGCUGCAGUGUGGAGACUGAUGACUGGAUGGUUCCAGGAACAUUAAACUGCUGGCCAAUUUCUGCAAAUCACUUGUAAUAAAUGUCAUCUUUGAUACUUCUUGUUUUCAUUCUGGACAUUCUUUUUCUUUGUUUUAGAUUUUAAUGUUGUCCACAAAGAAAUAUCAUUGUUUGUGCCAUUUCUCAUUUUGUUUCUCUCCACAUUCCCUGUGGCCACAGACUGUGUCAAUGAGGGGCUGUGCUCUCGGUGGCUUUAAAGGAUCUCAAGGAUCUCCCAGCAGAGUUUUCUACAGAGCUGCCCUUUUGCUGCCUCCUCUGGAGCUGCAGCAGCAAUGUCUGUGUGCAGAGCUGGGGGCAGAUCAGUGCUGGCACAGCAGCUGUGCCCAGCAGCAGCAGCAGCACUUGGUGUUGCCAGUGCUGCUCCCGUGGCCCUGCCCCACUGCCCUGGUGGCCCUGGUGUUGCUGCAGGGCCUGAGUGCUCUCGGGGCCGGGCACAGUCCUGGGGCUGGCAGUGCCGGGGCUGCAGCAGGGACAGGCCAUGGGCACUGCUGGGGCAGCGCUGACGCCUCAGGCCAGGGCCUGGGGGCUCCAGGCUCCUUGCCCAGGCUCUCUCAAGAACACGGCCAGGCCAAUGCUCAGCACAGAAAACCCCCGUCAGCAGCCCCAGGCUGGCCGUGGGCAGGCUGGGGGCAAACAGCAUGGCUGGUGCUCUGCCAGGGCCCUGGGGGAGACGGGAAGGAGCAGCAGAGCAGGGGCUGAUCCAUCCCCAGUGCGCUGCACAGCCCGGGGCAGCGUCCCAGAGCAUCCUCAUGGAGCUGCCAACAACAUCCCCCCUCUGCAGCCCUGGCCUCUCCCCCAGCUCACACAGGUGCCGCAUCCUUGCAGGCACAGACACGGCAGCGCUGGCUCAGGAGCCCCUGUUUGCAUUGCACACAGCAGGCGGGAGCACCCCCGUGCUGGUGCUGUGGGGACAUGAACCUGAGGCAGCACAAAUGCCAUCAGCCCCUGGGGCCAGGAAGGGCUGGGGGACACCAGGGAAACCACUCAGCUUUGUCCUGGCCUCUGCACUCAGCCAGAAAGUUUGUUCCCAUCAGCUGGGACUUUCCUGUCCCACUGCAGACGCUGUUGCUCAGAGCAAGGGCUGCCUGGCAGCCACCCCCAAACUGCCCUGAGCAUUUCCUUGGCUUCACCUCUGCUUUCUUUAUUCUUCCCUGGUCCAGAUUUCUUCCCAUUGCCCAGCCCUGUUCCCUGCCCUGCACACAGCCCAUCCCUGUUUGCCCUUUCCUAUCUGGCCCCACUCCCCAUUGCAGUUCCUGACUUGGCACCAUGGGAACGGCCCUUGGGGAGCAGGAUCAUCCCACAAGUGCUGCAGGAAUUGUCUGCAGGCUCCUGCAGUGCCUCGUGCUGCUCCCUUGCCAGAGGCAGCCCAGGCCAGGGGGGCACAUCUGGGCUGCUGUGUCUGCCUGUGGGGCUCCCUGUUCUGGGCAAUGAGGAGGAGCUGCAGAGGCUCUGCAGGACUGACAGGAUGGGCUUUGGGGCUGUGAGGAGAAGCUGAGGGACCUGGGCUGCUGCAGCUUCUGAAGAGGAGGCCCAGGGCUCCUCCUGCAACUGCUCCAAGGGUGGUUUCAGAGAUUCCACAAUCAGCAAGGCUGGAAAAGACCUUGGAGAUCAUCAAGUCCAACCUGUGUCCUGACACCGCCUUGUCUCUCCUGAGCCUCCUCUUCUCCAGGAUCAACAACCCCAGCUCCCUCAGCCGCUCCUCACAGGACUUGUGCUCCAGACCCCUCACCAGCCUUGUUGCCCUUCUCUGGACACGCUCCAGCCCCUCCAUGUCCUUCCUAAAUUGGGGGGCCCAGAACUGGACACAGCACUGGAGGUGCUGCCCAACCAGUGCCCAGCACAGGGGAAGAAUCACUGCCCUGCUCCUGCUGGCCACACCAUUCCUGAUCCAGGCCAGGAGCCAUUGGCCUUCUUGGCCACCUGGGCACACGGCUGGCUCAUGUCCAGCCUGCUGUCCAUCAGUCCCUGCAGGUCCCUUUCUGCCUGGCUGCUCUCCAGCCCCUCUGUCCCCAGCCUGGAGCACUGCAGGGGUUGUUGUGGCCAAAGUGCAGGACCCGGCACUUGGACUUGUUAAACCUGACCUUGUUGGAUUUGGGCCCUGGAUCCAGCCUGUCCAGGGCCCUGUGCAGAGCCCUCCUACCCUCCAGCAGAUCAACACUCCCAGACAA